AAAUCAUCAAUUUUGCUCAACCCAUUUAUGUGCAGCGGGAGGAUCCGAAUUCGCGUCAAAAUACGAUACGUCAAAUUGUACAACGCGCACGUUCCGAGGAUGAAUGGCCUCAAGUUGUGAUAUUUUCCGAGGGUACAUGCACUAAUCGAAAGGCGUUGAUUAAAUUUAAGCCUGGAGCUUUUUAUCCGGGGGUGCCGGUACAGCCGGUGUUGUUGAAGUACCCCAACAAAUAUGAUUCAUUCACUUGGACAUGGGAUGGACCUGGCGUCCUGAAGCUACUUUGGCUGACGAUGGCGCAAUUCUAUAGUCGUUGCGAAAUCGAAUUUUUGCCUGUCUACACGCCAUCAGAAGAGGAAAAAGCUGAUGCAAAUUUAUAUGCACAAAAUGUGCGCGAUGUUAUGGCGAAAGCACUCGGUGUGCCAACGUCAGAAUAUUCAUUCGAA